AUGGCAGAUGGCUGUUUUAGAGUGUUUCAUGUGUCUAAGAGUACGUCUGGAACAGGGCAACCUCGGGAACCACGUAAACAUCGUCUCAGGCUCUUGCUGGUGCAUGUCUGGCAUCACAAUCUGGUCACCUUACAUCAGAGUCCCCUUUGCACAUUUUACACCGAGUUCAUUUAUGUCCGUAAGAGAGCACAAAUCUCCUUGCUGGGCAACAUACUUGCAGAUUACCUUCUGGGCUGGCACACUGGUGCAGCAAGAGCUGCAGUUGAUAACUUGACCAAAAGUUUUGCCAUUGAAUGGGCCAAGAGUGGAGUGAGAAUUAACUCCAUUGCUCCGGGAGUGAUCUUUUCAGAAACUGCUGUUGCAAACUACAAAGAAGCUGGUGAAACAAUGUUUAAAAACUCAGUUUCAAAGAUUCCUGCAAAAAGACUAGGAGUGCCUGAAGAGGUGUCUUCCUUGGUAUGUUUCCUGCUCUCUCCGGGUGCCUCCUAUAUAACUGGGGAAACUGUGAAGGUUGAUGGUGGACAAAGCUUAUACUCUUGCCAAUGGGAAGUUGCAGAUCAUAACAGAUGGCCAUCUGCUCCAGAGGGAAAUAAUUCUAAAGCACUCACAAGGCUGCUUUCUGGAAAAUCUUUGUCAAAACUGUAAAAUAAACCAAUGAGCUUGGUCUCCCAUUAGCGAGGGAAUGUAGUGUUAAUGAAACCUGAAUGCCUCUAAUGCAUUUUUAUAUGGCCUGGACAAAGCUGUACCUUUCAAUAAUGAUGACCAUUUGUCUAAAUAUGCUGUGUACCUUAGCUAUGGAAGGAAAACUGUAAAAUAUUGUCAGUAUUGCUUCCUUUAAUCUCUCUCUUUGCAAUGUGAUUGCACUAUGUCUGUCUAUGUUACUUCUGAAGUGAAUGAGGCUCAUCAAAAUUCUGCAGCCAUGAUCUGAUCUAUUUUGUACUAAUUUCCAAUCACCAUGCAUGCCAGUGCUAAAGAGAAUGGGUUGGAUCCUGUGACUUAUCCACUAAGUCUUUUUUCACCAGAGAAGUGGAAGCCUUUCUAUGCUGAAUGAAAACAUGGUGGAAGGAAGUUCUAGUAUCCAUCUUAGUGGCAAUCCUGUAAUCCAUGGGAUGAAUCUUUCCUACUUCCCUCUUCCAGGUAUAGCCCAUUAUGCUCUCUGAAAUACUCUGAAAAAAGAAGGGAGACCUCAGGGGCUAGCAUGGGGUGUGAUGGGGGGAGGCUGAGUGAAAUGGGAGAAUUGGGGGGGGGAACCCUUUUUAUUAUGGAAAUGUUCUAUGGGAAGAAGAUACAUUUGGAUCAAGCUCAGCAUAUGUUUCUGAGCCAUAAACAUGUUGGUCAUACUUAAUGACUAAUAGCACAGGAACCAGUGACACAGCGACCAUUUUUAAUUUAAGCUGUCUUGCAUUCAAGGGAAAAUGAUCACUAAGCUUCCUUUUCAGAUCUGUUCUUCAAUUAUGGGAGUUUGUGUUUCUAAAUAAAUGUUGGCCUAUUCCUCUGCAAAGAUAGCACAACUUACUUUUACUAAAUCUGUAAUCUAUUCCUCUACAAAGAUAGCACAACUUACUUUUACUAAAUCUGUAAUCACGCUGAAUUAAUACUAGUGAGUAAAGAAGUAACCUUUCCAGAAACUGAUAGCAUUAAAAAAUGAUUUUUCUGGAUGGAACUGAAAAUUGAGGGAAGGGAGGAGAUUGAAAUAUGCAUAGUUGUCAGUGCUACACUUGGCCAUAUCCACUAGUAUUAAAGAAAUCAGCUGAAGCCAAACUAAUGCAGGGUAAAGAAAUAAACAACGGCGGCACUUCAAGCUG